GACAAUCGCGCGGAGCAGGCGCCGCAGCCGGAGCGGGAGCCCGAGCCGCACCGCGCAGAGCCGGGGCUGCGCGCGGGGCCGGCCGAGCGGGGCCGUGCGGGAGCUAUGGACCGCUAGAGCCCGCCCGAGCCCCGCGAUGCCGCCGCCGAGUGGCCCCAGCGUCCUCGCGCGGCUGCUGCCGCUGCUGGGGCUGCUGCUCGGCGGCGCCUCCCGGGCGCCCGGCAAGUCACCGCCGGAGCCCCCCAGCCCGCAGGAGAUCCUGAUCAAAGUGCAGGUGUAUGUGAGCGGAGAGCUGGUGCCCCUGGCCCGGGCCUCAGUGGACGUGUUUGGGAACCGGACCCUGCUGGCUGCUGGUACCACGGACUCUGAGGGCGUGGCCACACUGCCACUCAGUUACCGCUUGGGGACCUGGGUGCUGGUCACCGCUGCCCGCCCCGGCUUCCUUACCAACUCUGUGCCCUGGCGUGUGGACAAGUUGCCUUUAUACGCCGCCGUCAGCCUCUACCUGCUCCCGGAGCGACCGGCCACCCUCAUCCUCUAUGAGGACCUCGUGCACAUCCUCCUGGGCUCUCCUGGAGCCCGCUCCCAGCCGUGGGUGCAGUUCCAGCGCCGGGCUGCCCGCCUGCCUGUCAGCUCCACCUACAGCCAGCUCUGGGCAUCACUGACACCUGCCAUCACCCCGCAGGAAAUGCGCGCUUUCCCUGCCUUCCUGGGCACAGAGGCCUCCAGUUCGGGCAAUGGCUCCUGGCUGGAGCUGAUGCCCCUGGCUGCUGUGAGUGUGCACCUGCUGACAGGCAAUGGGACGGAGGUACCACUGUCGGGCCCCAUUCACCUGUCUCUGCCUGUGCCCUCAGAGACACGUACCCUCACCGUGGGCACCAGCAUUCCAGCCUGGAGGUUCGAUCCCAAGAGUGGCCUGUGGGUGCGCAACGGCACUGGGGUGAUCCGGAAGGAAGGCCGGCAGCUCUACUGGACUUUCGUCUCCCCCCAACUGGGGUACUGGGCGGCUGCCAUGGCCUCCCCUACGGCGGGCCUGGUCACCAUCACGUCAGGCAUCCAGGACAUUGGCACCUACCACACCAUCUUCCUGCUCACCAUCCUGGCGGCCCUGGCCCUGCUGGUGCUCAUUCUGCUGUGUCUUCUCAUCUACUACUGCCGGAGGCGCUGCCUGAAGCCCAGGCAGCAGCACCGCAAGCUGCAGCUGUCCGGGCCCUCCGACGCUAACAAACGAGACCAGGCCACCUCGAUGUCCCAGCUGCAUCUCAUCUGUGGGGGACCCCUAGAGCCCGCCUCAUCGGGGGAUCCCGAGGCUCCGCCCCCGGGGCCCCUCCACUCGGCCUUCUCCAGCUCCCGGGACCUGACUGCUUCCCGGGACGACUUCUUCCGCGCCAAGCCGCGCUCGGCCAGCCGCCCGGCCGCCGAGCCCGCGGGGGCUCGUGGGGCCGAGGGCGCAGGCCUUAAGGGCGCCCGCUCAGUCGAGGGGCUGGAGCCUCCGGGGCUGGAGGAGUACCGGCGCGGGCCGGCGGGAGCCGCAGCCUUCCUGCAUGAGCCGCCCUCGCCGCCGCCACCUCCGUUCGAUCACUACCUGAGCCACAAGGGAGCGGCCGAGAGCAAGACGCCCGAUUUCCUGCUGUCGCAGUCGGUAGACCAGCUGGCGCGGCCGCCGUCGCUCAGCCAGGCUGGGCAGCUCAUUUUCUGCGGUUCCAUCGACCACCUCAAGGACAACGUCUACCGCAACGUUAUGCCCACGCUGGUGAUCCCCGCGCACUAUGUGCGCCUCGGCGCCGAAGCGGGCACCGCGGGGGUGGGCGACGAGGCCGCGCCACCCGAGGGCACGGUUCCGGGCCCCGCGCGCCCCUUUCCUCAGCCCGACCCGCAGCGCCCACCACUGCAAGGCCACGCUGGCGCGGGGGCCGAGGGCAGCGGGGCGGGCGGCGGCGAGGGCUGGGGGGGCGCGCGCUCAGCGCCCGUCAGCGGCUCUGUCACCAUCCCGGUGCUGUUCAACGAGUCCACCAUGGCGCAGCUCAAUGGCGAGCUGCAAGCGCUGACCGAGAAGAAGCUGCUGGAAUUGGGCGUGAAGCCGCACCCGCGCGCCUGGUUCGUGUCCCUCGACGGGCGCUCCAAUUCACAAGUGCGCCACUCCUACAUCGACCUGCAGGCGGGCGGUGGCGGCGGCCGCAGCACCGAUGCCAGCCUGGACUCGGGCGUCGACGUGCACGAAGCGCGGCCCGCGCGCCGGCGAGCCCCGCGGGAGGAGCGGGAGCGUGGGCAGGCCGCCGCCGCGCCACCGCCGUCGUCCCUGCCGCCCGCGCCUCCGCGCCUGGCGCUCAGUGAGGACACGGAGCCGAGCAGCAGCGAGAGCCGCACGGGCCUCUGCUCCCCGGAGGACAACUCCCUGACGCCGUUGCUGGACGAGGUGGCGGCGCCCGAGGGUCGCGCGGCCACCGUGCCGCGGGGCCGGGGCCGCAGUCGCGGGGACAGUUCCCGCAGCAGCGCCAGCGAGCUGCGGCGUGACUCGCUCACCAGCCCGGAGGACGAGCUGGGGGCCGAGGCGGGUGACGAAGCGGGCGACAAGAAGAGCCCGUGGCAGCGGCGCGAGGAGCGGCCGCUCAUGGUGUUCAACGUUAAGUAGCGCC